AUGGCGACUUGUAUACCUGCUGGAAGUGGCACGCUGCAAUUUAGAGUGACAAACUGCAAGGGACACAGCUGUAGAAGGACUGCUUCAGUUUCUGGUGCGCAAAUCGCGAGAUUCUUACGAAAAGAUCUUUCAUGGUCUAAAGCAGUAUCCAAGGUCCUGCAGAAACACAAAUGUGUGUUUUCUGCACCUCCAUUUCAAAAGAAUCAGAAACUCUUCAAAAUCAUUUCCUCUUGCAAGAUAGACGGUCCCACAAAAUGCUUUGACUUUUCCGUUAUUGGGAGUGGGAUUGCUGGCCUCUGCUAUGCGCUUGAGGUUGCAAAAUAUGGAUCCGUUGCAGUGAUAACCAAGGCUGAGUCUCAUGAAUGCAAUACUAAUUAUGCUCAAGGUGGUGUUAGUGCUGUGCUAAGCCCUUCAGAUUCUGUAGAGAGCCACAUGAAAGACACCAUUGUGGCUGGGGCUUAUCUUUGUGACGAGGAAAGCGUCCGAGUUGUCUGUACUGAAGGACCUGAAAGAGUCAGAGAAUUAAUUGCUAUGGGUGCCUCGUUUGACCAUGGGGAAGAUGGUAACUUGCAUUUAAUGAGGGAGGGAGGUCAUUCACAUCAUAGAAUUGUUCAUGCUGCUGACAUGACUGGAAAAGAGAUUGAACGAGCUUUACUAAAGGCAGUUAUCAAGAAUUCUAAUAUUUUUGUGUUCGAACACCAUUUCGCAAUUGAUCUUCUUACUUGUCAGGAUGGAUCUGAUAUAAUUUGUCUUGGUGUUGACACACUGAAUACUAAAACCCUAGAGGUGAUAAGAUUUCUUUCAAAGGUGACUUUACUUGCAUCUGGUGGAGCUGGGCAUAUUUAUCCCAAAACUACAAAUCCUCUGGUAGCCACCGGAGAUGGGAUUGCCAUGGCACACCGAGCUCAAGCUGUGAUUUCCAACAUGGAGUUUGUGCAGUUCCAUCCAACUGCUUUAGCUGAUGAAGGACUUCCUAUUAAACCAACCAAGCCUAGGGAAAAUGCAUUUUUGAUAUCCGAAGCUGUCAGAGGUGAUGGGGGCAUCCUUUAUAAUUUAGGCAUGGAAAGAUUCAUGCCCAUGUAUGAUGAGAGGGCAGAGCUUGCUCCAAGGGAUGUUGUGGCUAGAAGCAUAGAUGACCAACUUAAAAAGCGGGAUGAGAAGUAUGUUCUCCUUGAUAUAAGUCACAAGCCAAAGGAGGAAAUUCUCUCCCAUUUUCCCAACAUUUCUUCUAUGUGUCUCCAGCAUGGUUUGGACAUAACUCAUCAUCCAAUCCCGGUUGUUCCAGCUGCGCAUUACAUGUGUGGAGGAGUUCAAGCUGGUCUCCAAGGAGAGACCAAUGUGAAAGGUCUGUAUGUAGCUGGUGAGGUAGCAUGCACAGGUUUGCAUGGAGCAAACAGACUUGCUAGCAACUCAUUGCUUGAGGCAUUGGUUUUUGCAAGAAGAGCUGUGCAGCCCUCAGUUGAUUGCAUGAAGAACUCUAGCCUUGAUCUGACUGCCUCAAACUUGUGGCCUAGACCUGCCAUGCCUUUGUCACUCUCUAGUAACGUCACUGACAAGAUUUUGUCAAUGACAAAGGAAUUGAGGACAGAAUUGCAAUCUAUCAUGUGGAACUAUGUAGGAAUUGUUCGGUCCACGUUGAGACUAGAAACUGCCGAGCAAAAAAUUGGUAACUUGGAGUCUAAAUGGGAGGGCUGCUUGUUUCAGCAUGGAUGGAAGCCAACAAUGGCAGGCCCUGAGAUCUGUGAGAUGAGAAACCUCUUUUGCUGUGCAAAGCUGGUUAUAAGCAGUGCCCUUUCUAGGCGUGAGAGCCGAGGACUGCAUUACACAGUUGAUUUUCCUGAUCUUGAGGAAAGCAAGAGACUUCCCACAAUCAUUUUUCCUAGUUCAGCUGUAAACAGUACAUGGAGUUCUCGACAAUUACACAAACAGCCCAUGUACCAGUAA